CAUUAGCUGCUGCCGCCCGGAGGAAGUUUUGCAUGGACCUGCUGCAAAAGGCAGUGCCUCUGGGGAACGCCCGACUCGUCAAAGCGCUGCUGCACUCGGGCCUGCCAGCCCCCGCCGAUGCAGCCACGACGGUCCUGACAGCCAGUGGCGACCGCAGCAGUGAGGAGCUGGUGCGCUGGUUCGUUCUGCGCCGUGACACGCCCCUGCCCCAGCAACCGACCCAGCAGCCGACCCAGCAGCCGCAGCAGCAGCCACUGCAGACUCAGCAGCCGCCUCUGUUACAGCCGCCGCCGCAGCCGCCACAGCCGCCGCUUCAGUCCCCCACUGCGGUCAGUGGCAGCGGCGGCAGCAGUAGCAUCCGCAACAUCAGUGGGAUGGGUGGAGCCAGCAGCAGCAGCAGCAGCAGCGGCGGCCUUGCUUGCGGCUCUUUGGACAGGGCCGCGGCGGCGGUGUGUGUGAAGCAGCAGCUGCGGGAAAUGGAGAGCUUGGCGGAAGAUGAGCAGGCUCAGGCGUCGCUGCAGCGGUUGAUCACAGAAGCAGUAGACCGCGGCUGGUCAGAUGACAGCGUCUUGGGGCUCAUGGCGCUGCGUCUGCUGGCAGCGAAAGCAAAGCAUGGGCGUAACUUGCCGCCCACGGAUAUGGCUCCAGCUGCACCGGCAGCGGCGGCGGCUGCACCGGCAGCGGUGGCGGCUGCAGCGACUGAGGCGGCAGCUGCAGCAGCUGAGGCGGCGGCGGUGGCUGCAGCGGCUAAGGCGGCUGCUGCAGCGACUGAGGCGGCGGCGGUGGCCGCAGCGACUGAGGCGGCGGCAACGUUGGCUGCAAGGACUGAGGCGGCGGCGGUGGCUAAAGCGACUAAGGCGGCAGCUGCAGCGACUCAGGCGGCGGCGAAUGUGAAAAAGGCGGCGGCGGCUUUGGCUGCAGCGACUGAUGCGGCGGCUGCGGCGGCUGCGGCAGUGGCUGCAGCGACUAAAGCGGCGGCUGCGGCGGCUGCGGCAGCGGCUGCAGUGAAUGAGGCAGCGACUUCAGCGACUGAGGCGGCGGCGGUGGCUGCAGUGACUGAGGCUGCGGCUGCAGCGACUGAGGCGGCGGCUGCAGUGACUACAGAGGCGGCGGCGGCGGAUGCUGCUGCCGUGAGUGAGGCGGCGGUAGCGGCAAUUAGCAGGAAGAUAAGGCAAGCGGCGGCGGCCGGUGGCAGCUACAGUGUUGUUGCGUCCGGUCGCGACGAUGUUUCAAGGUGGCUGCUGGGUCGAUUCCUCCAGGCCACACGGGGGGGCCGAGCGGGCUUGGUGGUUGCGAUGCUGGCGCUCCGCUGGGUUGCACCUGCCGACCUCACGGCCGAGCACCUCUGUGCCCUCGCGGCGCCGGCGGCGGCUGGCGGCGGUGCUGGCGCAGCAGCAGCCGCUGCCGAUGCAGCGGCAACAGCAGCAGCUGAGGCGGAAACGGCGGAGGCAGUGGAGGUGCUUUUGCGUGUGGGCAGCACCGUGUACGGAGCGGACUCGCGCGCGUGCUACGACGCGCUACUGCAGGCCAUUGGGCGCGGGCCGCCGGCGCUCCCAACAAUCCGAGUGCUGCUGCGGCACGGCGUGGCGCCCACAGCGGCGCACCUCGACGCGGCAGCCGUGGCGGGGGUUGUAUGGUAGCAGCCUGUGACGGCUUGUCCGCUGCAGCCGCCACGGCUGCUGCAGCCGCCAGCGAAGCUGCUGCUGCCGCUGCGACAGAUUCAGCUGGCACCAUGAUGCAGCUACAGCCGUCCCAGCCCUGGGUGGUGCUGACUCACCUCCUGGUUCCGCACAUGCCACACAUGGGCGCGCACAGCUCCGACGUUGCGGCUGCCGGCGGCAGUAGCAGAACUGCAUUGCAGCAGCACUGAGCAUCGUUGAUAACACGGCGCCAAGAGCACGACUGGGGCGCAUGCGGCGACUAAUUUGCGGAGUGCGGUGGCGGUGUCGGGCCACAUGGGCCGCCGGCAUGCGCCGGCCGGCAUGUAUGGAGGCGCUACAGCAGGAGCGGCCGGCGGCGGUGGCGCCCGCGAAUAAAUUUGGCGGCAAUGACGGUAGUUGCGAGGAUGGCGGCCGUGCUCGGAAAGCUAGCGCAUGCGCAGUAGCGGCAUGGGUGGCGGGGGCGGGGGCAGCUGGCGGUGGUGUUAGGUUGUGUUGGGAACUGGGAGGCAGUGCUUGCAUGACGACAGCAGCGGCAAUGGUGGCUGUUACAUACGUGCUGGAUGAGAUGGGACAUGUAUGGCAAGGGAAGGAAAUGGCUGAUCGUACAUGCUGAAUGCGCCUAGAUCGUGCGGGGGGUACACACAUGUCCCAGCAGCCCUGCCUCCAGCCCACAACGGUAAAUGGAGCGAGCUAGGAUUUACAGACGGCGCUGCAGGUGGCGUACCUGUGCUGGGGCCUCCUCUGCGGUCCAGAGAUCAGGGUGGGAUGGAGUGAUGGAUCCAUGCGAAGUGGGCAGCAGGACAGGCAUAACAACAGAGUAGGGUGACCGCACUCCACGUCACUGGCUGGCUCGUGCGUCAGCAGGUCCUUGUGCUAUGAUUGCAGAAUAAAAUUGGAAGAUACGAGUCGCAGUACUAUGCGGGUGUCGCAAUCCGAGCGAGCACAGAGUUGGCAUUCUUGACACGGUGCUGAUCACAUGACUGUCACACGUCACUACUGGCUCCGUUCCAGGUGGGUGCAUUUUGUGGGUUUCGCGUUGUCGCGGCGAAUGGCAGCAGCCUAGUUGCGAGCUGGAACGCGUCCGCCCCUGCAAGCGGCAGCAGUCUCCACGACACUCGGACUCCGUUUGGCGUGCCGAAUGCGGAGCAGCGUGGAGCGCGCACCGGUGUCUCGUCUCGAAGGUAACAAGUAACCGCAUUGCCGCUGACACUAACUUCUUUCGUGAUGUUUAUUGCUAGCCUGGAGCUCGCGACGGCGUCUUGCAUUCGCAUUCACUCGCAAGCACUUCGUCACUACUGUAAGUGCCAGGCCUU